AUGGAUACCCAAGUUAAAAUCAAAUUCUUCACCAAGGAAGAAGAUACUUCCAUACAAGUGAACGAUACUCCGUUAUACGUUCCAACAUCAUUGAAAAGAUAUGGUUUAUCUGAGGUUGUGAAUCAUUUAAUCACCAAAGAAAAUCCUGAACAUAAAAUCACACCUUUUGAUUUUUUGAUCGAUGGUAAAUUACUUAGAACAUCUUUGUCAGAUUACUUAACUAAGAACGGUUUAAGUAGUGAAGCUUUUAUCAGUUUGGAAUAUACCAAAGCCGUUUUACCUCCAUCAUUUUUAGCUUCUUUUAAUAAUAAUGAUUGGAUCUCAUCGCUUGAUACUAUCAAAGUAGGUGGUGAUUCCAAAAUCUUAAGUGGAUCUUACGAUGGUAUUGUCAGAAUAUAUGAUAUGUCAGGAAAAAUUGAAAAACAAUUUUCGGGUCAUUCAAGUUCAAUCAAAAGUGUCAAAUGGAUUACCCCUUCAAGAUUAGUAAGUAGUGGUAAUGAUAGACAAAUUAGAUUAUGGAAAAAUCAAACCACUGAUAGCAUUGCUGAAGAUGAUGAAGACGAAGAUCCUGAAGAAGGUAAAACCAUUGCUUUGUUAGAAGGUCAUAAAGCCCCAGUCGUUUCCUUAGAUGUUAAUGUUCAAUCUAACAGAAUUUUAUCUGCCUCAUCUGAUAAUGACAUUGGUUUAUGGUCAACCAACUAUAAAGAAAUGAAUAAUAUUGAAGUUAUGGCAUAUGAUGAUAAUGUGAUAUCCACCUCAUCAAAGAAGAGAAAGAAGAUGGCUGUUAAAGAUGCUACUUUAAGAAGAAAAUCUCCAUUAUCUAUUUUAACUGGUCAUAAACAACCAGUUGAAGAUAUUAUAUUCGACAAAAUGGAUAACACUGUAAGUUAUUCGGUAUCUCAAGAUCACUCCAUCAAAACUUGGGAUUUAGUCACUGGUAAAGUUGUUGAUACCAGAAGUACUGGAUUCUCAUUGUUAUCUAUUUUACAAAAACCAACUAAAAACUUAAUUAUAACAGGUUCAUCAGCCCGUCACAUCAACUUACAUGAUCCAAGAGUCAACAGUGAAGAAUUAAUUAAUAGUAAAUUGGUUGGUCAUUCCAAUAUGGUUGUAAGUUUAUCAGAUUGUACAUAUAACGAUAAUAUGUUCAUAUCUGGUUCUCACGAUGGUUACGUUAAAGUUUGGGAUAUCAGAUCCUUGAAUCCUUUGUACACUAUCACUAGAGAAGAAAAUACCAAGAAUGUCAAAAUCUUCGAUGUUGCCUGGGAUAAAGAAAUUGGUAUAAUCAGUGGUGGUUCCGAUAAAAAAUUACAAAUAAAUAAGAAUAUCUAA